AUGGAAGACGUCAAGAAAGCCACCGACUACGACUCGCCUUUUCAACAGGGCUUCCAAGUGCCGCCAACCCACCAGGAUCCUCCUGGCAAACAAGGUGACCUACCCUUCGAACCUCUCAAUGAUAAGCUGCCCACGGAAGAUGGUGGAUGGCAGACGUACAAAGCGGCUGGCAAGCUCGAAGGCAAGAAGGCCCUGAUUACGGGUGGUGAUAGUGGGAUUGGACGAGCCAUAGCAGUCCUUUAUUCCAUGGAGGGCGCCGACAGCUUGAUUGCAUACCUACCUGAAGAAGAAGAGGAUGCGCAAGAGACGAAGCGGUUGGUGGAGAAGAAUGGCAGAAAGUGCUAUCUCCUGAGCACCGACCUGCGGAAGCCGGACAACUGUCAGAAGGUCAUUGAUGAAGCUCUGCAGAAGAUGGGCAAAAUCAACAUCCUGGUGAACAAUGCCGGUUAUCAGAUGAUGCAGCAGGACAUCACCGACAUCUCGAUCGAUCAAUGGCAGAAGACAUUCGAGACCAACAUCUAUUCCUUCUUCUACCUGUCGAAGUUCGCGAUCCCGCACAUGAAGAGAGGCGACACGAUCAUCAACUGUGCCUCCAUCAACGCAUACAUCGGCCGACCCGACCUCUUGGACUACACAUCUACCAAAGGAGGCAAGUCUCUUUGCACCAUCGUCUCUUUCACUCGAGGCUUAGCGAACCAACAAAUGAGCAAAGGCAUCCGUGUCAACGCAGUCUGCCCCGGCCCUGUCUGGACUCCGCUCAUCCCUGCUACCAUGACGGAGGAUGCGCAAAAGCAAUUCACCUCUCCUCUCGGACGACCUGCACAGCCAAGUGAGAUCGCCACAUGCUUUGUGUUCCUGGCGAGUGCAGACAGCAGCAUGAUCAGUGGGCAGAGUCUCCAUCCCAACGGAGGAGUUGUUGUCAACGGCUAG